GGUAUGAAGCGGAAGUGAUGCAUAUUUGUGUGGAACAGGAAGUGGGGGAAAGCUGCGGGGAGCGGGGAAGAAUCAGUGAAAGAUUUGAAAAGGGUUGAAUAAGCAGCAGGAGAUCUUGGUGAAAGAGGAAGCUGCAGCCAUUGGAAGAGGUGAUGGCCUGUACAAUAGAGAAGGUGUUGGCUGAUGCAAAGGUCUUGGUGGAGCGACUGAAGGAUCAUGAUAAUGCAGCUGAAUCUCUAAUUGAACAGACAACAAUACUCAACAAGCGGGUGGAGAGCAUGAAGGAAGUUGGGACAGCCAUCCCAGACAGGAGCCAAGAAGAUUUUGCUGAGCUGAAAAAGCUGGCCAGUCACAAACCACAUGCUAUCCUCGCUCAGGAGAACACACAGAUCCGGGAUCUGCAGCAGGAAAAUAAAGAGUUGUGGCUUUCCCUGGAGGAGCACCGCUAUGCCUUAGAACUGAUCAUGAGUAAAUACCGAAAGCAGAUGUUACGGCUUCUAGCAUCAAAAAAAAAGCUGGAUAGUGCACCAAUUACCACUUUACACCAGGAGCAUUCCCAGGAGCUGCAAGCCCAGGUAGAACAGAUAUGUGACAUGGCCACAGUAAUGAGAAAAGCCGUUCAAGUGGAUGAUCAAGAGUAUUGUCAAAUUCAAGAGAAAAUAGCCCAGCUGGAGCUUGAAAAUAAAGAAUUACGGGAGCUUAUGUCAUUCAGUAAGGAAAUAUUACUUCCAGAGAAUCUUCACCUGCCUCCUCAAUGUGGAAAGUAAAUUUACUGUGCUGGAACAUCUCUGAAUCAGGCUCCUGCACUGCCUUGCAGCCACUGGAACAGUGCCUCCAGUUCACAGGUGGCUGUGUUACUACUGAUAUUACUGACGUUGGAACAAAGAUCAAAGCUUUCACUAGAAAUCAAUGCAGCUGUAUGUUAAAUUUGAAUGUUACGGUGCUUUCAUUGGCUUUGGGGAAAUUUUAGUGAACCAAGUGUCCUUUUCCCCAAUACAACCUGUUCCAAAAAAAAGGUGCAUUUUAUUUUUUCGCAUUGACAUUUCUAUCCCACCAUCACUGUCACUCAUCUCCUUGAGAUCUGUUUCUGGUAAGAAGACACUUCGAACUAAGCCUGUCGAUCUCUUCACGUGAUGGCCACUGCUCCAGAACCCACCAAUAGGACAAUCACCUCAGAUUUGGUGGGUCUGGUUCUGAUUUAUUGCCUGAUUUAUUGGUCCUCUUAUCCAGGAAGAUUGCCUCAGAUCUUUCGUGCACUGUGCAAUGAGCCAAUUGAGAAACAAAAAGAAAAUCUUCAGUGGACCAGCAGCUCUGACUUCAAACUUCUGACCUGAGAAAUAUUGGGGGUGUGUGUGUGAAUGUGUAUUCCCGAGUUCCCCUUGGUGUCGCAGCUGUACAGGCCUGAAAGCUUCACGAUUGAUCCUUGCUGAGUUAGCUGAUCUCAGCCAAUGUUGUAUUAUUGGCCUUAAUCUUCCAGCCUAGAGGGGUUAAUCCACCAAGAAUUAGGCUCCUUAUUCGUUGACUCUUUGAAGAAUGUGUGUGGACUUGGGAUGAGCAUAGAUCGGACUCUGAUGCCCCACAGAGUGACUAUCCUCCUAUCGCAGGCUUGCACAGGAUGAAUGACUACCUGGAUAAGUCACUAAAGGACUACUGUUACUGUCAACAUGUCAUCCCAACAUGGGCUAGCAUCUUUAGAAGAGAUGUGGGGGAAUAAUUGAGGCAGCAAAUAUUUAAGACUAGUGAUCGCGCUGCCCCCUCUCGUUAUGCAGAAGGAUGGUUACGAUGAAGGCUCAAGCAGAUCUAAACUGUAACACGUUAUCUUUUUUUCUCUGCUGAUUAAUCAGUUAGAAUAUACAAGAAUUUAGAAAACAAAUAGAACAGUAAGCCCAGCUGGUGUUCUUGCUCCACACAAGCAAAUCUUACUUUGUUUUCCUUGUUCUUUUCCUUCCUGUCUUUCCUCCACAAUUUAUAUGGCUCUGUGUGGCUAGAAGGAUCACAUCGUUGAGUUCUGAUCAUUACUUAUUAUGCACUUAACCUACUCUGAGAGAAUAGUUUGGAAAAUGUUGUUGUUGAUUAAAACAAAAAUGGUCAGUACAACAA